AUGUCUCGUCGCAGCAGACUGUCGACCCUCUCGGCACUCUCCGGACUCUCCGCCGGGAAAUCGAAUGCCGACGACCUCUACCAGUUCUCACUCAGAGUCGCCUACCUGGCCUAUCUCACCGCAGUCCGCCAACAUGCACUCAAGAACGAAGAGAACACCAGCACUACCAACAACAGCAGCUCCAACCUACAGGCCUCAGGCUCAACCCACUCCAAAUCCCAUCAUGGCCAUCAGCACCGCCCCCAUCUGCGUCAUCAGGCCGAAACCUGGACAAACACCAUCUUCUCGAUCGCCGAUGUCUUCAAGGAUGGAUCGGGCUCAUCCAAGUCAGAGAAGAGCGUCAAGUUCCCCAAAGACCUCGUCAAGGUCCUCAAGGUCAGAAUCGAGGCCAUCGCCAAGGGGACCGACAAAAACUACCAAGACCUGCUCCUUCGAUCGAGCUUCGGCGUUUUCUACGGCACCUACACCCAGGACUACUAUCUAAAACAGCUCAAAGAGAAUCGGAACAUCGAGGCUCUCAUCCUACUCUUCGUCACCACUGCCACGGGCGUACUGAGGAAACGGCUAGAAGGAGACGAGUGGAAGACCCAUCUGAACUCGCAGGUCGGAGUCUUCGUGACCAUCAUUCGGGACUGUCUCCGAUCAAAAGAACUCAAGAGCGUCCCUCAAGAACUUAUGACUCGCCUCGACAGUUAUGCAGCCAAACUAGCACCACCCUCUUCAACUGCCAACGACCCGUCCCCCUCAAACCCUGACUCACGCAAACUGCCCUCACCAUCCAGCACCGCCCUCAACUCGCCCGCCGAAAGCUCUGCUGCUCCAUCCCCCUGGAUAAUCAGUCAUAGCAUACACGACAUGCCUACCGUCAAGACCAUCGGCUCUCUCUUCGCCAUCUCGGACUCUCAGCUACAGAAAGAUUUGAAUAACAUCAGAAAAAAUUGUUCAGAGAAGGCAGCCUUUGAUGACUUCAAGCUCUGUAUGGCAAAUAUCGCCCAACAGUGUCGAUUCCCCGGUCGACGGGCGGAUUUUGAUUCAGAUGAUGGAUACCGGGAAUGGCGAACGAAAGAAUUAGCUCAGAUCCAGCAUGCGAUGUUACAGAUGAUCAGAGCGAAUCCAGACCUGGCCCGAUCAAAGACUUACUCGACCCCAACCCUCAGCCAAACCCCACAGGAUGACUUUAUACUGGUCGGAAGUAAUCCCAAAGAUAAUGAGAGUUCUCCAUCGACCUUGACCCGGGAUCACACCUCCGGAUUCGAAUCUGGCUCCAGUCUAGGUUACUUUGCGGGCCCAGGUGAGAAUAGCAGUCAACGGAACUCACUCUUGAGACCAGAGUCAGUCUCCAGCGCUGGGAACCUCUUGUCUUCUGAUCUUCAUCCACUGGAUAGUCUGAACCAAGUUCUAGAAUGGGACGAAAAUCUGGAUGGAGACCGGCGGGCAGAUGAUUUCAGCUUAUCCUAUAGCGCCGAAGAGCUCUCGACGACCCAGUUCGUGUAUAUCCCACCCAAUCCGAUCCAGCAGUACAGAGCUUUGAUGGACCAAUGCCUAGACUAUGACCUCGAGUCGAUGAAAAGUCUUGCAGAGGAUGAGGAAGUCUCCUUGAAGAUCCUAUCGACCCGUCAUCUGGAUCUACUUGAACAGUGCGCGUUUCGAUGGAGAUUGAUGACCCCUUUCCAAGUCGCGGUCUUCUUCUCUGCAAUCUGUCGCAAAUUCGAAGAGGAAGAAAUCCCGAUCAUUGAUUGUGUUACCGAAGCUCUGACCGACGUGUUUAGGGUCAUGGAAGAACUCAAGUUUGAUGGCUGGGCAACUCGUGAUAAAAUGAUUAUGAAAAAAACGAUGUCUAGCUUGUUUGAUACCCUCCUCCGCCGCAUAUACGAGGCAACUGAAUCAAUCUUGGAUUCCAAUCGAUGCGAAGACCUACCCAAUGCCCUAGAGUGUCUGAUCUCGAUUUACGAGUCUGAGCCGUUCAAAAUGAUUACAGAUUUAGAUCAGCGAUUCAGAGAGUUUACGGAGGCGAUCACCGAGCUCUACGACCGACUCUACACUUUCAAGUCCACCGAGAUCUUCUCCGCCGACCGCCCGAACGAUAUCGUACCCUUCCUUGACCUGGCCGCUUGGAUCAACAGCGGCUCGAAUCGGAUCAACAAGAAGUUCAAACAGCCCGUCUUGGAUCGCAUUGAUCUUGUUGCCAUCUAUCUUGCUAAACUCUGCCAAAACCUCGUCCAAGAUCUUGAGUCAAUGAAACAAAUUCUCGUUCCCCCUCCACCCCUGCCCGUCAAUCCUCAUCUCCCACCCGGCUCCGCUGUCAACCCGACUGAUAGUCCGAGAUUUAACGACGCCGAUGUCCUGGAUCUCUACCGUACUUUGAUAGAAAUCGAAAAGAAACACAAUAUGUGCAACCCAAACGCACCAUUGGUCAUCCCGAUCGACGAGUGGUUCUUUCCUUACGUCCAGAACUGGCUUGAGGCGGCGGAAAAAAAGACGAAAGGAUGGGUCGAAUCUGCGAUCAAAGCUGACAAGUUUUCGCCCGAAGGAAACGACUCGCAUAGUUCCUCGAUCAUCGAUCUCAUGGACUCCUGUUGCUCCGCCGUAGACUUCAUUCAGAAACUUAAAUGGCCUAACGAAUACCACAACGCGAAAUUUAUGACCAAGCUCUCUCGAAUUAUUAGUAAAUCGAUUGAACAGUAUUCUGGGAUCAUCGAAGAAUCUUUUGUUGAGGAGAUGUUUCCCAAAGCUAAUACGGAUGCGGAUCGGGAAGCCAACCGGUCGGCGAUCUGGACGCGUGCAAGGCUGGUUGUUCAAGGAGACAAGAAGCCGGAAGCGUUUCAAUUCCAGGAAUCGUCCUGUGUCAAGUUGAACAAUGUCGAAGCGGCGCGAGUCUUAUUGGACAAGAUGUACAACACGAUCGACGCGGACAACGUGGCCCGGAUCAUCCAUGAAUACGAGCCUGCGCCCACGGGGCAGAAUGUGCUGGCCGCGUCGAGCUACUUGUUCACCGUGAAAGUGGUGAUGGCUGAGGGCCUAGUCGGAGCGGACGGCCAUGUGCACAAGAUGGAUCCAUUCCUGACGCUGAGUGAUGAGAAGGGGAACCGGGUGGCGAAGACGCGGACAGUAUACGAGAGCGCUUCGCCAACCUGGAACGAGACUUUCGAUAUUUCAGUCAAGGGCUCCCUCUGGCUGGCCGCGACGAUCUACAAACGUAACUUGAUGGAGAAGCAUGACUAUGUUGGACGUGCCUUCCUUCACCUCAACCCUAAAGAAUUUAACGACUUCUUGGCCCACGAUCUAUUGUUGGACCUCGACACCCGGGGAAGGGUCUUGCUCCGCGUAAGCAUGGAGGGCGAGAAGGAUGACGUCCAGUUUCAUUUCGGCAGAGCUUUUCGAUCGCUCAAGCGGGCCGAGACGGAUAUGGUUCGGAUGAUUAUUGAUAAGAUCUCACCAGUUAUUCGAUACUACCUGUCGCAUUCGACGCUGAAGAAACUAGUCUCCACACCAGGCCUGAUGAUGAAAGGGAUAGAGAUAACGAAGAUGUCGACGAAACUUGAUAUAGACCUAUCGAAAGUGACGAGUUAUGGAGCCGGGCUAUGGCGCUCAGUGGCCAAUUCGACCCGAGAACAGGAGAUCCCAUUGCCCAAGGACGAAAUGAUCAUCGCUAAUCUCAAUAAUAACGUCACCCCCGUUGAGAAUCCUAGGACCAAAGGCCCUAAGGGUCUCACCGACGCUGAUAUCGAGGCCGCUAUUGCCGAUCUCUUUGAGUACUUGGAUCAAUGCAUGUCCACUCUUCGGAACUCAUUGAGCGAAAAAGCUGGACAGUUGGUGAUGGCUAAACUUUGGAAGGAAAUCCUGUCGAUCAUCGAUUCCUUGCUCCUGCCUCCUCUGUCCGAUCAGCCAUCAGAGAUGAGAGCUUUGAGUGGGAAAGAAGUGGAUAUCGUCUUGAAGUGGUUGAAAUUCCUCACCAAUUUCUUUCAUGCUGAUGGCGAAGGUGUUCCCAUCGAAGAUCUACAUAAUCAAAAGUACAAAGAGAUAUGGUCAAUUGGGUUUUUCUAUGACCAACAUACUGAUUCUUUGAUGGAAGAGUGUGUUCGAGCGAUGCAACAGCAGCUACGAAAGGAGACGACCACUAACCAGUCGGUGUCCAGGAACAAAUCGGUAUACCAACAAAGGAAUCUGGGCACUAUCCGGAAGCGUAAGGCUGACAAAAAAAAGCUGGAUCAUGAGACUAUUAGCUCUGAAUUGAUUAUGAGGAUCUUGAGGUUGAGGCCGGGAACGACCGAUUUCUUGCAACAACAAAUCUCGACGAUGGUUUCAGUGAAUGCGCAACAGAAAAGUCAAUCGACCAGCAGCGCUCAACGAGCCAAGAACAACGGAGCUGGUCUUUCGCGCCGGAACCUAUCGAGCAGCAACCACCACCAUCCCGCACCUCCGCCACUACCCCAAUCCGCACUCGCCAAUAUCGCCGCAUCCUCUUCUUCCUACUUAGGCCAUCCUCCUGGUCCCGCAUCUGACCCUCAUCAUCGAAGCAGCAGUGGGCCAAGGUUACAUGGCAGCUGA